AUGCGUACUAAAGUCAUUCUCCCUUCCAUCUUGUUGUGUGCCUCCGGGGCCUCUGCUGUCGCAUUCAAACGCGAGAUUGAAUUUGUUACGCCCGCCAGACGUGAUGCGGAGUCUGUGUCAGGAGUGCAGCAACAUGGGCAGCAGCAGCCCCCUGAACAGUCUGCAUCUUCCAUCAGCCCCGCCGCUCAAACCACAGACACAUCGGGCGGAGAUUCCAUACUCUCCUCCAUUAACAGUGAUAUCCUCAGGUGGCUCACUCAGCAUCAACUUCAAGGUGGUGAUGACAGCGGUGUAGCUUCUUCGUACCUGCAGCAUCCGGCUGGGGAGCCCGGAACCCCUAACGCGGAUCCUGAGAAGCGUGCCUAUAUCAUGCGCAAGCCAAUCAUACGCAAGCCAGUACCUCAACGUCCUCGUGAUCUUGAGGAGCGCGACGUUGAAGAGCGUGAUCUUCAGGAGCGUGCCUAUCGCAAGCCUAUUGGGAUAGCUUCCAUUGCUCCACGUCCCACUCGUUAUCACCGUGAUUUCGAGGGGCGUGACGUUGAAGAGCACGAUCAUGAGGAGCGUGCAUUUUACUGGCGCAAGCCAGCACUCGUAGCAACAGAUACGCCGGGCUAUCCCUACGUCGUCCCUUCUCCUCGGCCUCGGUACGUGAUCCACCAAGAGCGGCAGGCAGCCCCGGACCCGGCCAUGUAUACUCAGAUGCAGGGCGUAGGCCUCCAGAUCGCCUCAUUCUUCUCCUCGCUCUUAGAUAAUAUGCCUACUAAUGCAGCGGCACCGCCUGCUGGAGCGACUCCAGCAGUGGCCAACAGCGCGUCCUCCUUCACCACCCCUCCUGCCGUGUCUUUCACUGCCACCUCAGAUGGACCCAGUUCCUCAGCAGUUCCCGGUACGGUGCCAUCUACGUCUGCUGGGGUUACGAGUAUGCCACUUGUUGCUCCAUCUACACCCUCCGUUAUCCCGUCUUCAGCCUCGGAUGUCCAGUCCUUAGCAUCGGAUGCGCAGUCUUCAAUAUCAGCUAGCCAGUUCUCUUCCACCGCACUACCCUCGUCCUCCAGCACCGACGCAUCCCUCUCGACUUCCCCGACCGACGCUUCUGCAUCUGUUUCCUCGGCUUCCGCGUCCGCUCCCUCAGUUUCGUCCUCCGAUUCGUUCGCACCCUCCGCAUUGUCGUCCAUAUCCCAGCUGAGCUUGGACCUCCUCACCGCAACCUCCGCGCCGUUUCCUCCCACCGCUGUCUCGUCUAGCUCGUCUGUGCCUUCCCAGAGCGCUACUCCCUUCUCGUCUGCACCGCCUGCACCUACCGCCGCUCCGUCCCCGUCGUCGAUAGGUGCAUGGUCUAUUGUCCCGUCUAGCGCUGCUCCGGAGGACUUGUCAGAUGAGUCGUCCUCGACGGCUUCCCCGUCGGUGUCAUUGGUCAGCUCCCCUGUACCUACCGAUGAGUCGUCCUCUUCGGAUGUCCCGUCCGCCUCGUCGACGGCUGACCCGUCCUCCCCAUCGAGCUCUGCUGAUCCGUCCAACCCUUCAAUUGCAUCUGCUGUCCCGUCGAGUGACUCGUCUGCCCCAACAGCCGCGCCUACUACGAUCGCGUCGACCCCCGCUACUAGCUCCGUCCUCAUUCCCACCAACCUCUACCCGAUCUACUCCCGGAUGAGCUUCGCGUUGUCGAGCACGGCCAUCCCCACGUCCUCCAGUGCGCCCGACUCGAACUCAAAUGCGGACUCUGCCUCUGCCUCUGUCUCGCCUUCAGACCUGUCCGCUCUCGCGAGUCAAUCCGCCAAUGCGGGCUUCCGCAGCUACGGGACAUUAUUAAGUUCAACGCUCACAGGCGUCGCAGCGAUUGUCGGCGGCAUCGUCUUCGGCUCUCUCUCCAUUCUCUGA